AUGAAAGGCACUUUUGUUGUGACAAUAGUGUUGGCCUUGAUAUGUAAUUCUGUUCAAGAAAUUAGUGACUUGGAAUCGAUGGAAAACGUGAAACAUGCGUGUGACUCUAAAACUUCGAUGUGUUUUAGGUUCUUCCCCCAGCAAAACAAAAAUUGGUUUAAAGCUAAGGAAUUUUGUGAAACAUUCGGAGAUGUAGAUGGGCAAUUGGCAGUUGUAAAUGCAGGAGGAAUAAGUAAAAGAAUCAGACGGUAUAUAAACAACAAUGUACAGCUACAAGAUCCCAAUGGUAAUGGAUAUUGGAUUGAUGGCAAUGACCAGCAAAAUGAAGUUACAACAACAACAGACGAACCAGAUACAACAACCACAACAGACGAACCAGAUACAACAACCACAACAUGCGAACCAGAUACAACCACAACAGACGAACCAGAUACAACAACAACAACAACAGACGAACCAGAUACAACAACAACAACAACAGACGAACCAGUUCCACAGUUGCCCGACACAUGGACGAAACGUAACUGGCAUUCAGCUCAGUCUUCAAGGUGCACUGUAAACCUUAUAGUUCCGGACGCUAUUACUAAUGCAAUUAUUGUUGCAAUGAUAUCAACAGACGAGAAUUAUAAUGGCGGAUAUUGGAUUGGAGUGUACUACAGUGGCUCGGGCUUUACAGCUUGGAAUGGACAACCUUUGAUGUAUACCAAUUGGUUCACCGAGCCUUCAAAUACGCAACAAAACAACAAAUGUGUUGAAAUCAGGUACGGAUCAUUUUGUCAUCGUUAUCAAAACUACGAAUGGGAACCGUUUGUUACCAAUGGAACAUGUUUCAAUAGUUAUAUGUCUUAA